GUGGUGCUCGGGAAGCGCUCCUGUACCCUGCGACAAUUUGGACGGCCCUGCCGAGCAGGCCGGGCUGAGGGAGAACGGUGGAAGGUCAAGCACCUGCGCCAGGUGAAAAUGCAAAGUACAAGUGCCCAACUUGUGACCAACCUGACCACAGCAGCCCAGAACACCACCACCAAGUCCUAUGAGCAGAUUCUCAUUCAGAGCUCGGGAGCCAUGAUCGCUGUGAUCGUCAUCGGCAUCAUCAUCAUCCUUACGACGCUGCUGAUCAUUCUCAAGACCUACAACAGGAGGACGCAUGCAUCCCGCAUGCUCACGGGGGGCCCCAAACAUCGACAGAAGUCCUCCUCGACCGUUCAGACCAACGUGCCCCUGCACAGCGUGGGAGCAAACUCGAACUCUGUGUCCGGAAGUUUCGGCCAGCCCAACGGCAACGUGGGAAAUGGCUUCCGGUCGCCCCAGGUCGACCCGAUCGGCCAGGACCGGAACCGCGUGGAGCAGAACAGCACGACCAGCGGUUCCACUGUGGUCACUGUGCACGACACACCAUCUCUGGAGAACACAUAGCCGCCCUGCGGCACUGACUGACCUCCAGCGCUCGAGGCACGCUUGGGAAUGGAAAGGGCGGAGAAGGUACGCCAUCGGACCCCCGAGGGCUGGGCCACAGCAACCGGCAGACCCUAAAACACUCAAACGCUCCGUUUAAUGAAGGACAGGAUCACCACGAACCGGGGCUUCGGUCAGUUCCAGAAGCGCCAUCUCUGGCCCAGCUGUGAGGCGGCAAACUUGGAGACUUGUGUGGCGAAGGGCCAGAAAGAUCGCAGACCGAAGAGGUUACAGGUGUUCCUCGUAAUUUCUGUUCCGUCUCUUUACAUGUAUGUUUUCUUAAUACUAAUAAUAAUAAUAAUAAUAAUAACGGAUAAAUACAUAAAUAAAAUGAGUUGAUAGCGAACAUGCAGCGUUCCCCAUCCCGAACGCAGCGGCCAGUUAUUCUGCGCAAGUCGUUCAGCGUAACAAAUGAAAAGGCGUCAUAACUACCCGAACUGGUUUAUCAAGUGCGAGGAAGUGAGUUAAUCGUAGGACACGGGCACGUCGGUCUCUGCUCUAGCUACCGGCGCGAUUCUGUUUUCGGUGUGCUCGGCCGUACCGAACGACGUGAGAGAAAACGACGAGGACAAACGCGUGAAACGAUGACGGCGAACGAAAAGAGCAAAGCGAAGGGGCGCCGCAUCGAAGGGCCCGUGGCUGCGAGCGGGAGCGACGACAUCCUGGCGCAGGAUCAGAAAGAGCCCGAGGACAAUGAAUGCAUCCCCAAAACACACCCUGCUCGCACAGCUUCUGCGACACAAAUUUUCCUGGAAUCUAAAAAAAAAAAAAGUCUUGUGUUACUGGGCACUGGAGCCAAAGUGAGGCCACACACACACACACACACACACAAAGAGAUACACGUUUCUGUUGAGCCUGUGUUGUGUGUGUGCGGGUCAUAAAUGGGACAGAACGGGCCAACUAAAGUCAGAGACAUGACUCUGACGAGUGCGUGUAUUUACUUGCACAUUCAUCCCUUUAAUUCAGCUCAAUAAUAUUUACAUUUAUUCACUUAGCAGAUGCUUUUGUCCAAAG